UACAGGUUGCUAUUGAAGUUGGUGGUGCAGAAUGACACGUCAGUUGGCUAGAAGGCAAACACAAACUGCCCCACCUGUUAGAAUACGAUAGUGUUAUAAAUCAUUGCACCACCCCCCCUGUCACUUGAUUACAGUUGUGCAGAUUUACAGAGUCAUGCAUGCAGAAAUUGAGAGUUACAGCCUCAUUCGAUCCGGAGCCAGUCGAACCAACCCAGGGAAGAUGAUCAGCCCAGCAGCGCUUAGUUACUGUGGGUAAAAGAGGCUAUCGGACCGGUGUUUGACAUGUCGUCUCCAUCGCCGGUGCAGAUCAGAGAGGCGAACGCGCAUCUGGCUGCGCUGCAUAGGCGGGUCACAGAUCUGGAGCAGAGACUGCAGGAAGCGGAGAAGACCGUGCGGGAGCAAGCGGAGUGUCUCAUCCGCAAAGAUGAGCAACUCAGAGCCGCCACGCAUGAAAUCACAGAGGCCAAGGACAAGUGACGGGAAGUUUGCUCGGAAUUGCUGUCCGGAGGCAGAACAUGAGGACAGUUGCUUUUCAGACCGUACAUGGAACAUCUAUUUUUCGCAUGCGCAAGAGAUUUCCUUCCUCCAUGAGACGCUUUGUCAGUCAGAGGAAUCCAUCCAUAAACUAAACCAAACCCUUAAGGAAAAAGAUUCCCUAAUCGGACAGUUGCAACAUCGAUGUCAGCUGCUGGACAACAUCUGCAAAAGUCGUCCAUUACUGGACAGCAUGCUGGCCCAGAUGGCUGAGGCCGAGAGAAUGGGGCCUGUCAGUGACUUGGGGAAGCCCACAGCAAACAGCUCUCUCACGGAUGGAGAGUCCAACUGCAGCCCCAGCUGCCUCUCCAAUCACAAAGACUUCUCACUCAGUGAGGACGACUCUGAUGAUCAGGAAAUAGAUGGGGUUGUGUUUGGGACCACAGUAUGAAGUCACAAUUGAACUGGUUUUUGUCUCAGGUUUAGUGGCCUGUGUGUUUGGUUACAAAUGAUUCAGUGUCUCGUCACCAUUUGGUAAUAUAUGUCCAUUGUAGCGUAAUACAAGUUACUGGAACUCUAGUGUGCAGAGAGAAUGCCUAGUGAUGCAAAGUGUCGAAGAAACAGCAUUUUUUAGACUUGCACCUUAGACAAAUUUUUUGUUACUUUAAAUCACCAGUUCAAUAUUUAGUUUCUGCUUAAAAUAGUUAUGUUUAAUUUUUAAUUGUUAAUUUGAUUUAGACUACCUCCUUUUAAAAGUUUUUAAACUUGUAUAUUUCGCUGAUUUUAUUUAUAUCUUAUGGAUGUCUGAAUUUUUUUUUUUUUUUAAAUUAAGUAAUUGCAAUGUAUUGUUACAUGCAGUUUGCAGUUGUAAAAUGUGAUACAGUAGAGGUUUAAUGUUUGAGAAGGGCCCUAUUGUUAAAAAAUAUUUGUAAACUUUAGCUGUUUUGGACAAUGCUCCCAGUUUGGAUCACUUGGAAGUCAUGUAAUUUCUGGGGGGGGGGUUUUGUGCAUUUUAGCUGUUUUGUUGGAGCUUUUGAGCAAUUCUAACAGUCAAUAAUGUACCAUAAAUCACAGUUUACAAGUUACGCACAUUGGUUUAACUCAUUUAAUUAUAUUGUGUGUGAGAUUAUUGACUCAUCCACAUUUCUGGUCAUAGAGCUUGUUCUUAAAGCUGUUGAUGAACAUCAAGUGUAAUCUGUUGUACCCCAAUUAUUAUUAUGCAUUAGUAACUGAGCAACUAGACAUUUUUAUAUCAUAAGGCACAAUCUGACAAUUGAAGUGCAAUGCAUAUCCUUUGAAGACUUGUUGGAAAGCACACAUUUUGUUUGUGCACUGUUGCCAUAUUAGAAAGAUAUUUUUCUCCCUUGUAAUGAGUGAUGGUUAUGUCAUAUUAAUGAUCUGGGGCGGAAAUGCAAAAGUAGCAUGGAUGAACCAUUGGAGCACUUCAGGAAAUAGAGUUCUUGAUAUGUCCUACCACCACUGUGCCCUUGAGUAAGGCACUGAACCUCAAGAUUGCUGAUAAGUGAUAGUGUGACAAUGAAAUAGUGGUGUUCACUAUGAUUUAAGGUGCAUUGUAUAUAAUUAAGUGAUCUAUGCAGUGAAGUUGUUCUCCCUUAAAAAUAGUGCACCAGCAGAUAAACGGGGAGCAAUUUCCAACAAAGCUCAAGCUACUGCUCACUAAAAUACAGGUCCAUUGUAGAGAAAUAGCAAAACAAACAAAAAAGUCUAUAAGCACUUGCUUUCGUUCAGUAAAGCUGUUUCUGUACAGGGAAUGGUGAAUAAACCUGGUUACAUAUGCAUAUUUGCUAUCAGUUCAAUUAUGCUGAUGAUAAAGUGAUGCCAAUACAUGUAGAUAUUACUCUUUAUUGAAGUUCACAUUUUUUGUUCUUGUAUAAUUUGGCCUAGCAAAAAAGUCUAUGCAAGUCUGUUGCAUUCAUUCCAUAUUUAUUUGUAUUGAGUAAAACUGUAUGAUAAUCAUGAAGGCAGCCAUAAUUUAUCGAAUGACUGGGAUUGUACGGACAAUGGGCAUUUUUCAUGUGAGUUCUCAUGUAAAGAGUGCCAUUUGUCUUGUUGAUGUGAUGAUUACACAAUUUUCAUGUUGGUUUUAAGAGUUAAAUGUUGUACUGCAUUACAGCACGGCAUACUGGGGCAUGUCAUAUCUGUCUUGUUAUUGCCCUGUGAAGUGUGUAUAGUAAAAUUUUUCUUUACAGAUAAAAGUAUAACAGUGCCUAAAAGACUCAUGGUUAUUUGAUCAAAUUAUUUAUUCUGAAAGAUUCUAAUAAAAUAUUUUGUUAUUCAUAAGUACUAAAUCUCACUUGUGUACUGCCUUCUCAGAAACACUACUUUGAAUUGACUGGUAUUAAAGGGAUCGU